AUGGCGACAUUGCCGCCAUAUAAAAUUUUGGGAUGCUGUAAUGGGCUGUUCUGCGUUCUCAAGAAAUCAAGAAAACGUGCAGAAAUUCUUAAAGAAAUUUACUUGUGGAACCCAUCGACUCGGACCUCCAAGAAACUGCCAGUAAUUUCUAGUCCCGGCCAUGUUCGUAAUUACGGAUUCGGUUGGGUUGAAUCGAGUGAUGAGUACAAGGUGUUUGUGAGUGUUAGUUAUUACCUGCAGGAGGAGAUCAAAUGGGUUGGUAAAGUUUAUAGUUCAAGGAAAAAAUCAUGGAAAACAAUUGAGCACUCUGUGGAUUUAGUUUCAUGUGGUGUACCGGGGAUAUUUGGAGGCAGGAAGAUUUACUGGCAGAAUUACGGAGAUAAAGAGAAAGAUAUUAUUUUCUUGGACUUGAAGAGUGAGGUGUUUGGAAGGAUUGAGCUUCCCUUUGAUCAAGAGAAGUAUGGCAAGGUGGGUGUGCUUGGUGGUUUCCUUUGUGUGCUAUGUUUUAAUUAUGAAAGAGGCUAUCAAGUUUGGGUUAUGAAGGAGUCUUGA